GAGUGAGUUUUGCCACCAGGAACGUUGGAGGAUUAGCUAAACCCAGUGUAACUAUAAGUGCUAAUGGCGACGUGAUGACCAUCAAAACAGAGAGCACAUUCAAAACCACGGAGAUCUCCUUCAAGCUGGGUGAGGAGUUUGAUGAAGUCACAGCAGAUAACCGGAAAGUGAAGAGCAUCAUAACGUUGGAAAAUGGCUCCCUGAUCCAGGUACAGAAGUGGCAUGGCAAGGAGACAACAAUCAAAAGACAAAUUGCAGAUGGGAAAAUGGUGGUGGUGUGUACCAUGAAUAAUGUUGUGAGCACUAGAAUCUAUGAGAAAGUAUGAAGAAAUUUCAAGAAAAAAAUUGCAUUCUGAACUUG